GAUCGCCACAGCGUGGAGAAAAGUAGAACUACUAGUACUGCCAAUCUGUUUCUGGUUUGCUGCUUCCGCAAAUGAGAGGCACCAACAAUGUCAAGUUACUCCAGAGUAAUUCAUCAUGCCACCAGUAUAUUAUGCAGCAACAAAGGUUCAUUGGUCCUCCAGCAAUUGCACAGGAAAGUAUUCCAGCGUGUUGAAAUAACCGAGGACGACUUUUGGUACAUCGUAAAGAAGUGUUCUCGGUUUGCUGUGGUGCGGAACCGAGAGAGGACGGACGAAUGGGGAGCUGACUGUGUGAUUGUCGCCAAAACGUCGCUGCGACUAUGCAAAAAUUACACAAAGCAAGAUUGCAGAGAUUGCCAGGAGCUUCACCUUUGCAAAUAUUUUGUUUAUGGAAACUGUAGAUUUGGGAAAGGCAGGAAGCAGUGUAAGUUCUCCCAUGACGUGCGUUCGGAGCAUAACUACCCGCUCCUGAGGGAGUGCACUCUGCAUGAGCUGCACGAGGAUGACCUGUUCCUGUUACUGCUGCAGAAUGAUCCUACCUUGCUGCCGGAGGUGUGCUCUCACUACAACAAGGGCUCCGGGCCCCACGGUGCGUGUACCUUCAGGGACGGCUGCACCAAGGUGCACAUGUGCAUGCACUUUGUGCAGGACGACUGCAUGUUCGGGCCUAAGUGCAAGAGGCAGCACGUCAUCGACCAGCAUGGCCGCCGCAUGCUGGAGGAGAGGGGCCUCAGCGGUGACAUCAUCAACGACCUGCCCUUCGUCUACCAGAACCUCCACCGCCUCAACACACCCACUACACCCUACGCUGCUAAAGAGCGUGUAGGUGAGCUGGUCUCCAGGCCUGUGAUCCAGAAAGAGGAGAGGAAGGAGAUUUGUCUGCAUUUCAUACGCAGGAACUGUAGAUUCCAGGACCAGUGUAUCCGUGUGCAUUUUAACCUGCCCUAUAAGUGGGAGGUGUUUGAUGGGAACGGCUGGAAAGACCUGCGUCACACUGAGGACAUCGAGAGAGCCUUCUGUGACCCCCGGAACACACACAGUCCGGGCUCUCGGCCAGUAGACUUCCUAACGAUGACGCGGGAGUCGGACCCCGUGCGGCGCCUCUCCACGGUAUCCUCGGUAACAAAGCCGGCUCACUACAUCCUGACCACUGAGUGGCUGUGGUACUACAAGGGCGACCACGAGAACUGGAUUGAGUUUGGAAGACCCGACGAUAAACAGCGAAUGACAUCCCUCUCUUCCCGUGAGCUGGAGGAAGCGUACCUGGCAGACAGAUCUGCUGAGGUCACCAUUAUGAAAGGUCACCGUAACUACUACCUCAGUUUUCAAGACAUGUACCAGCGGAACCCCAAACACAACACCAAGAGGAGGGUGCGUCGCCGACCACGCUUCAUCUCCAUCAUGGAAGUGGAGAACAAGACUGCACCGUAAAGAGAGAGAGAAGGGAGCAAGUAAAUAAAGAGGAUGAAUAAAUGGGCA